GCGACGUCGCGUCGCGCCAACAAUGGCGACUGCGUUAGCCUGAGCGAGGCUUCGUUUCAACUAAAUUCCUGACGUUGCUGCUGGAGCCGUAGUCGUAUCAGACCCGGUCGGCGGCGGCGGCGGCGACGGCGGCGCGCCUGCGCGCUCCCGCCGCGCCCUGGACCGAGCGGCAGCGCAGAGGCCCGGCGGAGCAAGGCAGGUAGGAAACAUGAGCGGCGGCAACUUGGAUGGGAACGAUGAGUUUGAUGAGCAGUUGCGAAUGCAAGAAUUGUACGGAGAGACCAAGGACGAUGACACCCAGAACGAUCCUGACGGAGAAACUGAUGCUUUCGGCCAGCAGCCGACUGACACCCCCUACGAGUGGGACCUGGACAAGAAGGCUUGGUUUCCUAAGAUCACUGAAGAUUUUAUUGCUACAUAUCAGGCCAAUUAUGGCUUCUCUAAUGAUGGCGCAUCUAGUUCUACUGCAAAUGUACAAGAUGUCAAUACCAGGAACACAGAAGAACCGCCACAAAAUAAAACCCCAGAACCCACUGAUCCCAAAAAGAGGGGAGAAAAAAGAAAGACUGAAUCAGGAUGGUUUCAUGUUGAAGAUGACAGAAAUACAAAUGUAUAUGUGUCUGGUUUGCCUCCAGACAUUACAGUGGAUGAAUUUAUACAGAUUAUGUCCAAGUUUGGCAUUAUUAUGAGAGAUCCUCAGACAGAAGAAUUUAAGGUCAAACUUUACAAAGAUAAUCAAGGAAAUCUUAAAGGAGAUGGGCUUUGCUGUUAUUUGAAAAGAGAAUCUGUGGAACUUGCAUUAAAACUUUUGGAUGAAGAUGAAAUUAGAGGCUACAAGUUACAUGUGGAGGUGGCAAAGUUUCAACUGAAGGGAGAAUAUGAUGCCUCAAAGAAGAAGAAGAAGUGCAAAGACUAUAAGAAGAAGCUGUCUAUGCAACAAAAGCAGUUGGAUUGGAGACCCGAGAGGAGAGCUGGACCCUCCCGAUUGCGCCAUGAGCGAGUUGUCAUCAUCAAGAAUAUGUUUCAUCCUAUGGAUUUUGAGGAUGAUCCAUUGGUGCUGAAUGAGAUCAGAGAAGACCUUCGAGUAGAGUGUUCCAAGUUUGGACAAAUUAAGAAACUCCUUCUCUUUGAUAGGCACCCAGAUGGUGUGGCCUCUGUGUCCUUUCGGGAUCCUGAGGAAGCUGAUUAUUGUAUUCAAACUCUCGAUGGAAGAUGGUUUGGUGGCCGUCAAAUCACUGCCCAAGCGUGGGAUGGGACUACAGAUUAUCAGGUGGAGGAGACCUCAAGAGAAAGGGAGGAAAGGCUGAGAGGAUGGGAGACUUUCCUCAAUGCUCCAGAGGCCAACAGAGGCCUUCGGCGUUCAAAUUCUGUUUGUGCUUCUGAAAGGGCAGGGCCUUCAAGAGUAAGGCACUUUUCAGAACACCCUAGCACGUCUAAAAUGAAUGCUCAAGAAGCUGCAACUGGAAUGGCAUUUGAAGAACCUAUAGAUGAGAAGAAGUUUGAAAAGACAGAAGACGGAGAAGAAUUUGAAGAUGGUUCUCAAAAUGAUGCUAACGAAGGUAGCCCGGAAAAAGAGGCUGAAGGUGGCUGCCCUGAAAAUGAAUCUAAAGAGGGCUGCUCCAAAAGAGAGUCUGAAGGAGACAGCCUCAAGAGAGAGAAUGAAAAAGGCUACCCCGAAAAUGAGUCUGAAGAGGGUAGUCCCAAAAAGGAGUUGAAAGAGAAUGGCCCUGAAAGAGAGUCUAAAAAGAAGAGUCUCAAAAAGGAUUAUGAAGAGAAUGGCCUUGCAAAAGAUUCUGAAGAAGAUGACCCCAACAAGGAGUCUGAAGAGGAGGAUGGCUCCAAAAAGGAGUCUGAAGAGGAUGACUCGGAGAGAGAAUCAGACGAAGACUGCUCUGAAAAACAGUCUGAAGAUGGCUCCGAAAAGGAAUUAGAAGAAAAUGGUCUCGAAAAAGAUUUUGACGAGGAUGGCUCUGAAAACAUUCUUGACAAAGACUUAGAAGAAAAUGACACUGAAAACUCAGAAUUUGAAGACGAUGGCUCUGAAAAAGUGUUAGACGAUGAAGGCUCUGAGAGAGAGUUUGAUGAAGAUUCAGAUGAAAAGGAAGAAGAAGAAGACACCUAUGAAAAAGUAUUUGAUGACGAGUCUGAUGAGAAAGAGGAUGAAGAAGAAGGAGAUCAAAAAGGGCUUGAAGAUGCUGAUGAAAAGGAGGAAGAUGAUGAUGCAGAUGGCAAGCUGUUUGAAGAAUCGGGUGACAAGGAAGAUGAAGUCGAUGCAGAUGGAAAGGAUGAUGAAGAUGCAGAUGAAAAGCUAUUCGAAGACGAUGAUUUCAAUGAGAAGUUGUUUGAUGAGGAGGAGGAUUCCAGUGAGAAGUUGUUUGAUGAUUCUGAUGAGAGGGGGACUUUGGGUGGUUUUGAGAGUGUUAAGGAAGAAGGGCCCCUGUCCACAGGCAGCAGCUUUGUCCUCAGUAGUGAUGAUGAUGAUGAUGAUGAUAUUUAAUCCCUUAAACCUGCUUUUUAGGGAGAGUCCUCCAUCUACAUUUGCCUAUGCUUCAGGGUAAUUGCUAAUAGUGUUACAUGAACAUGUGCAUAGUGGUAGGAUGCCAUCAGAUUAAUGCACUGAAGUUUUUUCAUUGUUACCCGUACCUAAUAAUUUUAAAGAUUUGUUGAUUGGCCCUUCAGUUAGUGUCACAGUUAUAAUGCAAGUAAACUGGAUACUUGUCCUUUCGUCAGAUUUGUUAAAUGCAUGCAGAAUAAUAUUUUUAAAAGUAUUCUGAUUGAAGUUUGUGAUAUUUAACAAUAAAACAAGUUGAUAAUAUGCAGAAACUGAAAAUUGGACUUGAGUUCAGUUGUAUCUUAAAUUCUUGAUAUUGCUUUAUUCAUACUAAAGUUGGUUUGUCUAAGGACUUGAAGAAUUCCUUAGCAGUCUCUUUGCUUUCAGCUCGUGUCACCAUGUGUGUUCCCAUUUUCCUUCUCUAAACCAGAGCAUGUUCCUAAAGUCAAAGGAGAUAAGUAACCCUCUGGAGUUUUUUCCUGCUGAGUCCUUGCAAGUUAACUUGUGUUUGUCUUCUACUCUCUUUCUAUUAAAGUUGACUCUUAGAUGUGCAAAAGUGAACUUCCUGUGGUUCACAGCUUCCUUCAUUGAAAAUACAGAGAAAGAGAUUACAGCUCUACUGUAUACUGUUAGCCUCUUUGGGUCCCUUUAGAAAUUGAUUAAAGUUUGAAGACCUUGUCCCAGAAAAAAUGUACACACCCUACACAACUUCUUGUGUACAGUUUGGGGAGGUUCAGUUGAUUGUUCCUUAGAAUCAUGGUACCUGAUACUGUGUGAAGUUGUGUAAUCCCAAUAGAAUUGUGGGUCUUUCUUGAUUGUGCUUUCCAAAUUAAGUAUUGGUGAAUUUACUUCUGUUGUAGCAUUAAGAAGUUAUUCUCAUAAAUUAGAAACAUUAAAAUAAAGUGCAUUUACUGUUCUUUCA